CACACGAGCGGCGGAGGAGACUGACAGCGCGUGCGACCAGGUCCGCGGUUUGUUGACAGUCCAGGUCGCCGAACUUGGCCUCGCUGCACGGUGUGUGCUGUGCUGAAGCUCCUCUGGGGAACCCGUCUGCGUGGCGCCUCGUCUCGCAGGAGUUUUUUCUUUCUUUUGUUUCUUCCCUGUCGAGUCAAACCCAGGUGAGAGAGGGGCUCGCGCUGCGCCUCCGCGGCUGCGCAAUGCUCGCUGCUCUGCAUGCGCUCUGAGCCCAGGCGGAAAGCUUCUGGUGGUCACUGCAGGGUAACAUCAUGACAGGGGACGCAGUGGUUUUGAGGGGCCUGAGCUGGAUAAAGCAGGCAGCUAGCAGAGGCAGCCUGAGCAGCCCCAACAACCACAGGCUGACAUUCAACAAGCAGAUGGACUGCGGCGUCCUCAGAGCCUCGCCGGCUCACUUCCUCAGAUACUCCAGCGUGGGGUCGUACCUCGGCUCCCGCCUGGCCGGAGGGGUGAGCAGCGCUCACGGGGCGUGCGGCGGGAGACCCGGUGCUGGACACGCGAGGUACCGCAGGAGCUGGUCGGGUCAGCUGUACUCUGGACACACGCGGCUCCUUAACCAGGACAACUCCACAGUGGGGCGGCUGACGGCGGAGGACAUCGAAAAAGCAAGAAGCGCCAAGAAAACUGAAGCAAAGGAGUAUAAACAAGCGCUGAGUGAAAAUGCUCGGGAAAGGAAAGUGCCGGUCACACGGAUAGGAAGGCUGGUCAAUUUUGGAAGCCUGGCGGUCGGACUUGGCAUCGGAGCCAUCGCGGACAUGGCUAAGAAGAGUCUGAAGCUUAAACAACCAGGGAAUAAAAAGGCCGUCCUGGACUCGAAUCCCUUCCUCUCUGAGGCGAACGCUGAAAGAAUCGUUCGGACACUUUGCAAAGUUCGAGGAGCGGCUUUAAAAAUGGGCCAAAUGCUCAGCAUUCAAGACGACGCCUUUAUCAACCCUCAGCUGGCUAAGAUCUUCGAGCGGGUCCGGCAGAGCGCGGACUUCAUGCCCACUAAACAGAUGAUGAAAAUCAUCACCAGCGAUCUGGGCCCGAACUGGAGGGACAGCCUGGAGUACUUCGAAGAGAAGCCGUUUGCGGCCGCCUCCAUCGGCCAGGUUCACCUCGGGAGGCUGCAGGACGGCAGAGAGGUGGCCAUGAAGAUCCAGUACCCGGGAAUCGCCAAGAGCAUAAAGAGCGACGUGAAUAACAUCAUGACUGCGCUGAGUUUAAGCAACGCUCUGCCUGAAGGUUUGUUCCCAGAACAUCUUAUUGAGGUCAUGAGUCGUGAGCUGGCCUGGGAGUGUGAUUACAUAAGGGAGGCAAACUGUGCCAGAAAGUUUCAGGAGCUGCUGAAGGAUCACCCGUUCUUCUACGUGCCCGAUGUGAUUGACGAGCUCAGCAGGGAGCGGGUCCUCACCACAACGCUGGUGUCCGGUUUCCCCCUGGACAAGGCCACGGACCUUCCUCAGGAGCUCAGGAAUGAGAUCUGUGAGCAGAUCCUGAUUUUAUGCCUCAGGGAGCUGUUUGAAUUCAGAUUCAUGCAGACCGAUCCAAACUGGUCCAACUUCUUCUACGACCCACAGAGCCAUAAGGUCGCGCUGUUGGACUUUGGAGCUACAAGGGGAUUUGACAAGAAAUUCACAGACAGCUACAUCGAGAUCAUUAAGGCAGCUGCGGAUCAGAACCGAGCAGGCGUCCUGCUCCGAUCCAGAGACAUGAAGUUCCUCACAGGAUAUGAGACAAAGUCGAUGGAGAACGCCCACGUGGACGCCGUGAUGAUCCUCGGCGAGGCCUUCAGCUCCCAGGAGCCGUUCGACUUCGGCGAGCAGAGCACCACGGAGCGCAUCCACAGGCUCAUCCCCGUGAUGCUGCGGGAGCGCCUGACGCCGCCGCCGGAGGAGACCUACUCCCUCCACAGGAAGAUGGGCGGCUCCUUCCUCAUCUGCUCCAAGCUGAAAGCCAGAAUCGCCUGCAAGAGCAUGUUCCAGGAGGCGUACAGGAACUACUGGAAGGACGGACGCCCCGACUCUGAACAGUGAAGACUUGUGUUACGUCGACAUUAUCUUGAAUGUUUUUGGGGGUUUUUUGUAUCCUGUUGGAACAAUUGACAUGACUCCGGCUCCAUGUUAAUGUAGAGCAAUCCUCCCCCAAUUAUUGUACUGUACUCAGAAUCAGCGUUCCAAGUACAGUACUCCCACAAUAUUGACAGUAUCUAUCAUGGAAAACACGCUGCAGCCAGAGAACUUUUGAGGAAAAUAAUAGAUGAUCAUGGUCCAAGCAAUCCCACCAGCCAUCACCCAGAACAUACAGAGGGUGGAAUACAAUUUAUUACAUUUCCAAAAUCAAAACGGAGUCUGGAAUAUCGCAAGAAAUGGAUCAUGGACUUCUUCAAAUCAGACAAAAUUGAUGUCAAUUAACUCGACUGUUUGUGCAAACGUUUGAUACCGAUUUUGUCUGUGUUCAUGAAAGUGGGGGGGCUGGUUGACCUUUAACCUAUCAUUAAUAUCUUCAAAGCCAAAGCAGCACAAACGAAAAUUUUUGCUGCUUAGAGCAUUUUCUUGCCUGCCGUCUUCGCCUCGGUGUUGGUUUGUGAGGCAAAAAUGAGGCAUUGAGGUCCGUCAGUCAGUCUGCCUUAACAACAGUGUGGUUGUCGGAGGAUUGCUCUACUUCCGCAUGUGUGGGGGGAAGUUUCCUUUUUGUUCUUUUACAACCCAACCAUUACAUGGUGGGGGGGGAAACAACAGAACAAAAUGUAUCCCAAUAGCAGCUAUUGUUGUCUUAAUCAAAUGUUUGUUUUGACUAUAACGCCAUCUUUAAUCUCCAUAAGGAUCGAAUAGUUCGUACAUGUCCUUUAAGCCAAUCUGUUUGUACUGUAUAACCUGCCUGUUACCCAGGGACUACACUCCACCUGUCUGAAUCAUAAUGGAGGAUAAACUAAUCAUGAUGCUGCAGCACAACACAAAACCACUAAGUAUACCAAAAAUAAUAUGCACAGUGACACCUGGUGGAUUAAACUCUUUAGCCAUUUAUUGUGGCAAACCCAGUGUUUUGAUUGUUCUGCUUUAUCUGAAGCAGCGAGAAAAAAAUCUAAAAUCUUUAUGUAGAUUAAACAACAAAAACACUCCUUAGCCCAAAAGCAAGAACAAAAAGUUGAUUUCUAUGGUGCCUUACGGUUGAAUGAGUUGAACUCACUUUUGUUUUUUUCUACACCGAGUCCUGAGGGUUUUCUCAGCAGCUGCCUCCUCAAAGUGGGUUUGCUUACGGCCGCCAUGAUGGUGGAAAGAAUCUGUUGUUCUUUAACAUAAACCUGAACAGUGGGUGAAUAAUGCUUCGUUUGGCUCAUAUUGUCCCCUCUGCUUUCCUCUUUCUGAGCCCUGCAUCUGACUCACUGGCAGAACCAAAAAAAAAAAGGAAGUGCUACUUCUGUCCGUUUAAACAUGUUUUGAUGCAUCUCACACAUGUUUCAUUAACCCUUCUGAGUCCAGCAGGCAUGUUCAGCUCUUUGUCACAUUCCUGCAAAUACAGCCGUUACCUCCCACAAGAUCUCAGUGAAAAAAGUGUGAAUACUUUUGUAAGGUUUUCAUUUUCAAUAAACACGUGAAACGUUUA